UUGAAGUUUAAGCACGAGUAAAAUCUGUAUUCAUUUUCGAAUCGGCCAUUUUGUUUAUAAUUUCGAUAAACCCUAAUCCAUCCGCCGUAACUUUUAACUCAAUUCAAUUUCCAAACUCUAAAACCCUAAUUUUCAUUUUCUCUCUCUUCCUCACCCUUUUUUCCUUCUUCUUCCCGCCAUUGUUAUCCUCUGUGAAAAGCUGUUUUCUUCAGGAGAUGCUAGAUUUUUAUUCAAAUGCAGAAAUUAGUUUUUCGAAGCCCUCCUGGCUCUCCUCUCCUUCUAUGCUCUUCUUCAUCUCCUUCCACAAUUAAUUCCCUAUUUCUCAGUCCCAUUUUCAAAAACCCUAAAUUAAUUUCCCUUUCAUUUUCUUCUUCUAAUUCUGGGCUUUCCACUAAACCUGAAUUCAUGGCUGUUUCUUCACCACCUACAUACUUUAAUGUUGUUCCCACGCCUUCUCCUCGACCAUUAUCUCCUCGCAGUUUUUCUGGAAAUUGUCGGAUAUGUAAAUGUUCCCUACUCGACAAUAUUGGGGGAAACCCGCAAAAGCCAUGGGUUGUACUCAAGGAAACGAGAAGUGGGCCUCGUUUAGCUUGGUUGCAUACUGUUGCUGGUCGUGGAAAUGGGGAUGGUAAGAUUUUGAUGGGAAAUGAAGAUGAUGAUGAAAAUGAAGAUGCAGAGGACACUGAAAACAAUGGGGUUGAAAAUGAGAAUGAGGAUACGCCGACAAAGGUACAAAGGAGAAGUAGAAGUUCUGGUAACAGCGGAGUUUCUUUGUUAGCCGGAAAUCCUGAUUUGCUGACAAUUCCGGGCGUUGGACCGAGAAAUUUGAGAAAAUUGGUGGAAAAAGGCAUUGGUGGUGUUGAUGACCUUAAACAAAUCUACAGAGAUAAGUUCUUUGGCAAAUCAAGUCAGAAGAUGGUUGAAUAUUUACAGAGUUCUGUCGGUAUCAUUCACAGAAAUCAUGCUCAAAGUAUAACUACCUUUAUUCAAAAGAGUGUAGAUGAGGAACUAAAAGAAGAUGGGUCUGAUUCUGGUGUCAGAUCACAUAAAAACAGGAUCACCUUGUGUGUGGAGGGAAAUAUCAGUGUUGGAAAAACAACUUUUCUGAAAAGAAUAGUUAAUGAAACAGUUGAGUUGCAGGAUCUUGUUGAGAUUGUUCCUGAGCCUAUUGAUAAAUGGCAGGAUAUUGGGCCUGAUCACUUUAAUAUUCUGGAUGCUUUCUACUCUGACCCAAAGCGGUAUGCCUACACGUUUCAGAAUUAUGUUUUUGUUACAAGGGUGAUGCAAGAGAGAGAUUCAUCUGUUGGAAUUCAGCCCUUGAGACUGAUGGAAAGGAGUGUCUUCAGUGAUAGAAUGGUUUUUGUUCGAGCUGUUCAUGAAGCAAAAUGGAUGAAUGAGAUGGAAAUCAGUAUCUAUGACUCCUGGUUUGAUCCUGUCGUUUCAUGUUUGCCUGGCCUUAUUCCUGAUGGCUUUAUUUACCUAAGAGCAAGCCCUGACACGUGCCAUAAGCGUAUGAUGCAUCGUAAAAGAGAUGAAGAAGGUGGAGUAAGCAUAGAUUAUCUGCGUGAUCUGCAUGAGAAACAUGAAAGUUGGCUUUUCCCCUGUGAAAGUGGAAACCAUGCACCUGUGUCAGUCAGUAAGCCCUCUUUCCACUUGGAUGAUGCUGCAUAUUCAGCUAUAAAAGAACGCGUAUACUAUUUGGAGGGUCCUCACAUGCAUUCAAGCAUUCAGAAGGUUCCUGCAUUAAUUCUUGACUGUGAAAAUGACAUAGAUUUCAAUCGAGAUAUUGAUGCAAAGAGAGACUAUGCUCGCCAAGUUGCCGAGUUUUUCGAGUUUGUGAAGAAAAACAAAGAGCUUCAACCUCAUCCUAAAGCUGGUGAAGAAGCUGGCAAGCAGCAGAUUCUGCUUCCUCGUAAGGACGAAUUGUGGGUACCCGGAGGCAAACAUUUCCCCAUGUCGGCCCUCAAUUCUUUGGAUUUCAGACAGACGAUGUCAAUGUUUCCCAGCUAGUAGUGUCUCUCCUAUCAGUCUUGCUGAUGUUAUAUGUGUGUGAAGAGGCACCAGUUUUGUGUAGUACAAUAUUUAGCCUUUAGCUGGCGAGUCUCGCCUUUCCGUAUUUUGUUCUAACCCUUAACUUUUGUGUUGGGUAGUUUGUAAAUAGGGCUGUUUUGGCUAUGGAUGCUGUGAUUCGGGUUAGUGAUCGGUUGGAUAGUUGGACGCGUAAUGUACUUGAAGUGCUUGUUUCAUCUUUGGACUUUUGUUCAAGCCUUGUUUAUAGUGUAUGGUUUGGUUGCGUA